AUGAAUAUACAACGCUUUUUACCUGUACAGCUUUCUUUAUUAGUAUUAGUGUUACUGUUAUUAUUCGUAAUAAAAGAAUGUGGGUCUAAACGAAGUGGUACCUUUACUGGCGGUCGUGGUAUAUCUGCUAGUCGAUCCAGUGGUUUACGUAAAAAUGGAGGUGGACCAUCUGGUAAUCCACGUAGUAGUAGAUGGGGGAUGUAUGGAGGUGGCAAUUUUGGCAAAACAAGUGGUGGUCGAUGGGGCAGCAGCUCACACAGUACUUCAUGGGGACAACGACGUGGUGGUAGCUUAUUUACGAAAUCAAACAUUGGUUCUUUCGUUGCUGGUGCUGCAGCUGGUUACCUUACUUAUAAGGCCGGGAAAGCACUGAUACGAAGAGCUCACGCCCCAAUGAUGUGGAAUAACCGUCCAUAUUAUUGGGGCUCCAACUAUUAUCGUGGUGAUUAUGGUACUCAUAUGUGUCGUGUGCUUAUCCAAGGAGACGAUCCGCAACUGGGUAAUGUAUACUUUGACGAUGGCAGGAAACCAAAAGAGCUGGUCUGGAGUUGCAACUACGACGAAUAUUGUUGUGGCUAUGAUUGUUGUCGAAAUGAUGGCACGUCAUCCUAUUGGAAUGCCGGGUUCGGCGAUAUCUUUCUAGUUUCUCUCGCUAUUGUGCAUUUCAUUUAA